UCAACACACAUAAAAACCAUAGAUAAAAAUUAUGAUAUUUUAAAAAAAGAAUUUAAGCAAUUAUCAGAUAGUUCAACAUCGAUUGAAAUAUCGUUAAAAUCAUAUUGUGGCUACAUAAAGGAGUUAUAUUUAUCACCAGAUAGUAUUUGUAAUAAUUUGAAGAGAUAUUACGAUUUACAACAUCCAUUAUCUCAAUAUUCAAAAGAUGUAUUGGAUUUAGUUCAAAAUGGUUACACAGAUUGGGAGUUAAAUCAAGCUGAAAACUUUAAAGUAAUUUCAAGUUUCUGUUUGCAUAUUAAAGAUUGUAAUAAUAAAAUUAAAGUGAUUGACGAUUUACAAUCAUUACUUUUAACAUCUGCAGAUUCAAAUAAAAAGAAUGAAUACAUUGAUUUAAAAUCGAAAUUAUUCACAAAUGUUAAACAAUGUUUUGAUAGGAAAGUUUCAGAUUUAGAUAUACCAUUAAUUAAUAUUCAAUUAUCAUUCAAUAGUUUAUUUCAUUUAUUUGAUCAAAUUUUAUCAAAUUCUUCAAUAUUACUUCAAAAUCAAAUAAAUUAUAUAAGUCCAGUUUCUGAUUUAUUACCAAAUAAUGAUUUUAUAAAUAAUAAUAAUAAUAGUAAUAGUAAUCAACAAAAACCAACAUCACCAAUAGCAGCAGCAGCAACAACAUCACCAACAAAUCCAUUUUCAAAGAGACCCCCAUCUCAAGGAUUUAAAUUACCACCAUUACAACAACAACAACAACAACAACAACAACAACAACAACAACAACAACAACAACAACAACAACCAACAAAUAAUUUAAAUUCAUCACAACAAUUAAGACCUGCACCUCUACCACAAUCAAACUCAACUACAGCACCAACAACUUCAACUACUCCCUUAAGACCUGCUCCUCUACCACAAUUAAAUUCAACUACAACAACAAAUACACCACCAGUAGUACCAUUUUCUAAAAGACCACCUUCUCAAACAUUUAAAUUACCACCACAACCAAUUCAACAACAACAACAACAACAACCACAACAACCACAACAAGAACAACCACAAAAACCAGCCACAUUCCCAUUUAAGCUCAAACCUGUUUCUGUAAAUUCAACCCCAACAACAGCUUCAGCAACAACUUCAACACCAACUCCAACAACUGUACCAUUAUCUAAAAGACCAGCAUCUCAGACAUUUAAAUUACCACCACAGCCACAACCACAACCACAACCACAGCCACAGACUUCACAACCAAUUCCUGCACAACCAAUACCAACCACUUUGAAGCAAACAGUUAAUGCACCACCACCAAGACCAAUUAAUCCAAAUGCACUAUCCAAACCUACUCAACCAAUUCAACCAGCAACAUCAGUUUCUAAAUUAAAUGCAUUUAGUCCUUUUAAAAGAACUGAUGAAAGUAUUUAUAAAUCUAAUAACACUUUACCAACAACAGCACCUCCAUUAGUAUGGGAUAAAAAAUUUAAAUUAGUUAAAACCUAUAACUAUUCAGUUACUGCUGAAUAUAAAGUUGUUAUUAAAUAUAAACCAGAGUGCACAUUAUCAAAUGUAAAAGUUUGGAUGCCAAAACCAGAAUCAAUUAAUAAUCAAAUAAUAAGAAGUGCAACAAUGAAACUUUAUGAUGGAGAUAGUAAUAUUGAAUUGAUUGAACCAGAAUUAACAGAUUCAUCACAUCAAAAGAUAUGGUAUUUUAAUUAUCUUUCACCAGAAAAUCCAUAUAAAACUCAUUAUGUUUUUAAAGAGAUUCUUGAAGUGGAUUUAUACAAGGUUGGAUUAGUUGAAGUUAAAGAUCCAAAUGAAGUUGUAGAGGUUGAACCAAUUACAGAUAAUGAAAUUAAGAUUUAUUUGAGACCAACUGAUCGUUUGGAUUUCAAUACACAAGAAUUUGCUGAAUUUGUAGAAGAGAAUGGAUUUUAUCCAAAAACAUUUGAUGAUGGUACAAUGGAGAGUGUUUUAUGUUUUGCCUAUAGAAUUCUUUUAUGGAUGACAGAGAAUUUAGAUUACAAGUACCCACAUGGCCUAAGUGGUAAACCAAUUGAAACUUUUAAGGCAAAAUAUGGUGAUUGUAGUUGUCAUUCAAUAUUUUUCGCAUCAAUUAUGCGUUAUUCAAAUGUACCAACGAGAAUAUUGUUUGGUAGAAAUGCAGAAUUAGAUAAACCUGGUGAUGCUCAAACUCAUGUUAAACCUGAAAUCUACAUUUCUUCAAUAGGUUGGGUACCAAUUGAAGCCACUAGUAAAUCAAAAAAUGGUUAUUGUGAUUAUUUAUUUGGUAAAGAUCAAGGUCAUUUCAUCACCUAUGGUAUGGAUUUCAUUUCAGAUAUAAAAGAUUUUUCAAAUGCUUUCACUGUUUUCCAACUUGUAGGCUUUGGUAAUUAUUAUAAGACUGGUCCUUAUCCUGAACGUUUACUCUUUACCCAUGAAUAUGAUGUUAAAUUAUUAAAAAAAUCACCAUCAUUAUCUUCAACACAAACACAAACACCAAAACCAAUUCAACAACCAAUAAGACCAAUGAUGAAACAACCACAAAUACAACCUCAACCUCAACCACAACCACAACCACAAACUCAACCACAACAAUCACAAAAACAACAAAGUAACCCUUUUAGAGGUUUUGCAAAUUCACUUUCAAAAAUGAUUCAAAACCCACAAACAACAUCAUCAACUCAAUCAUCUUCCUCAGCACCUUAUGAUUUUAAAUCUAAUCUAGGAAUUCCAAGAAACCCACAUGUUGAUCAACUAAUUAAUGACUAUGCACUUCAUAAAAAAAUAUGGGGAAAUAAAAGAUUUAAACUUUCAAAAAUAUAUAACAAUUCAGUUACUGCUGUAUAUCAAAAUGUUAUGACCUAUUCAAAUACAAAGCUUUCUUGGACAAAACAAUACUUAUCAGUACCACCAUCAAUUAAUAAUCAACAAGUUAGAUAUUCAUCAUUUACACUUCAUAAUGGUGGUAAUGAUGAAUUGUUGGUAGACUCUGAAAUUAUUGGGUCAUCACAUAACGAUAUUUAUAGGGUUAGUCAUAAAUUUGAAAGUGUGCAUAAUAUAAAGUCUACAAUAGCAAAGUAUAGAGUUGAUGUAGAUCUUUAUAAAGUUCAUUUAACCGAAGUUAAAGAUCCAAAUGAAAUAAUUGAAGUUGAACCAAUUACAGAUAAAGAGAUUGAAGUUUAUUUAAGACCUACAACAAAGAUUAAUUUUAAUACACCAGAAUUUCAACAAUUCAUUGAAGCUAACAGAUUAUACCCUCAUAAUGAUGGUGGAGAUAUUGAAGGUAUACUAGAAUUUGCAUAUAGAGUUUCAUUGUUUAUUUAUAAGAAUUUGAAAUAUCAAAAUCCAUAUAGUCAUGAUGGUACACCAACUGAGGCUUUUAAAUUUGGACAUGGUGAUUGUGGUGUUCAUUCUUGGUUCUUUUCAAGUAUUUUAAGAUAUAAUAAUAUUCCAGUUCGUCUUUUAUAUGGUAGAGGAAGUAAAAUUGCUAUUAAAGAUACUCAACCUCACGUUAAAUGUGAAUUUUAUCAUCAAUCAAUUGGUUGGAUCCCAUAUGAUGGAGCUUAUAAAGAUGGAAACCCUUACCAUAGUGGUAGAUUUGGUAUUGAUAAUGGUGAUCAUGUAACUUUUGGUUUAGAUUUUAUUUCCGAUAUUGAGGAACUAUGCUCUCCUUCUAUGCCUUUUGCAACUUUCCAAAAUACCUAUUACUUUUAUUCAGGUUCUAAACUUGAUUCCUCCUCUCAGUUAUAUGAUGUUUAUCCAUUACAAAAUUAA